GCUACUGACAUGUUUGCUAACUGAGUGGACCAUGGUGAUGGGGACUUUAUAGCUCAGUUUCUCUUGCUGUUGGAGUCAAUUUCUUGAAUAAAAUGACGACUCAACGUAAAAACAAUCCCGCCUGAGCUUUGAAGCUCCUGUGAGACGCCGUGCAAGCUUCUAGCGGCGGUCGGUGGGAUGGAUCCUCUGGGGGCUCGCUCCCAGUUUGUGGAUAUCCAGUCCCUUCCGGUGUGGCAACAGCAGCUGAGUGAGGAAGCCAAGGAGACGCCGCUGGACCAGGGGGACGGCCCGCUGGACCACGAGGCCUUUCCCUCGCCCUUCCCGUUCAGACCGGACAUCAACCGCAAGAUCAUCCUCUUCCCCGGGGACGUUGCCCUGCUGAACUGCACUGCCAUUGUGAACACCAGCAACGAGUCGCUGAACGACAAGAAUCCAGUGUCGGACAGCAUCCAUCAGCUCGCCGGGCCUGAACUGAGGGAAGAGCUUGUGAAACUCAAAGGAUGUCGGACUGGCGAGGCCAAGCUGACCAAAGGCUUCAACCUGGCGGCCCGGUUCAUCAUCCAUACUGUGGGACCGAAGUACAAAGCCAAAUACAGGACUGCAGCGGAGAGCUCUCUGUUCAGCUGCUACAGGAACGUCAUGCAGCUGGCAGCAGAACAGUCGAUGGUGUCUGUCGGUUUCUGCGUGCUGACCACCACCAAAAGAGGCUAUCCACUGGAAGACGCUGCACACAUCGCUUUCAGAACAGUGCGCCGGUUCCUGGAGAACCAUGGCAACAGCAUCGACUCGGUGGUGUUCGCAGUGUCAGACACAGAGGAGUCUGCGUACAAGAAGCUUCUCCCGCUGUACUACCCUCGCUCCGAGGAAGAGGAGCGGCGCUGCCUUCCUUUCAUCCCGGCUGACAUUGGCAACUCGGAGGGCGAGCCCGUGGUCCCAGAGAGACAGAUCCGCAUCGCAGAGAAGCCAGGCAGCCUGGAAGAUGAGCGUGAAGAGGAGAGCCUGGAGCUGGAUUUGGGUCAGGUGGGGAAUCACGCCUUCGCUCGGAUGGAGGGCGACGUGGACAAGCAGAGGAAGCAGAUCCUCCAGGGCCAGAUGUCUGAAGCAGCCGUACAGAAGCAGCACCAGAGAAACUACAGUCGCUGGCUGUGUCGAGCGAGAGCGGAGGAUCUGUCAGACAUCGCUGCGCUGAAAGCCUUAUAUCAGACCGGUGUGGACAUAUGCGGCAGGACGGUGAUGGUGGUAGUCGGACGAAACAUCCCAGUAACCCUCAUUGACCUGGAAAAGGCCUUACUGUACUUCAUCCAUGUGAUGGAUCACAUCACAGUGAAGGAGUAUGUGAUCGUUUACUUCCACACGCUGACCGGAGAGCACAACCAUCUGGACUCGGACUUCCUCAGAAACCUCUACGACGUCGUCGACAUCAAGUAUAAAAAGAAUCUGAGGGCCUUUUAUUUUGUCCAUCCGACGUUUCGCUCAAAGGUAGGAGUCAGCGCCUUCUCUGCACUUUUUUUUUUAGCUUCCUGCCAAGUUUUCUAAUUUGCAGAUGCCUUACGGUGGAGCUGGUGUUGA